AUGGCUGAACGACAGACGACAGGCGCGUCAUUUCACCUCUUCCCCCGCCUUCCAGCCGAGAUUCGCCUCAUUAUCUGGGAGUACUGCUUGCCGAAUCGCGUGGCCGAAGUAGACGACGUGUUCUUUAUCCUCGACGGCCGUGAAAACAGGCAAGGCUGCUAUGCCCAGUCCACCACAGCCCGAAAUGCCCAACCGCCCGUUCUCGCGUCUGUUAAUGCCGAGGCAAGGAGUAUCACAUUCCAACAGGGAUUCAAGUUUCAUCAACAGGAGCCACAUACGUGCUUGAAAUCAGUGUGGGUGCAGCCACGUCGGGACAUCAUGCAUUUGAACUGGACAUCCUCGUAUUUCCGACUGCUUCCCCAUCCAGUUCCGUGGGAGAAAACGGUCGAGCACUUUCUUAGGCGCGCAGAAGCACUCAAGACCCAGGGUUCAAUCCUCGCGGAUGUCAUUUACCCAUUUUACUUGAGGCUGAGGGCCGAUGGGCUUGACGGUACUGAGGUAGCUCCCAUGCCCGGACUUGACGAUGAUUACUUUCGCCUUGGCAACUUCGAAGUCCGGGGUAUCGUGCGUCACCUGAGACUUCGCUGGAAUGAUAUUCGGACUGCAAAUGGAAUGGUACGCUGGGGAAUCCCGUUGAAAGCUCGGGAUCCUUCCGAAAAGAUAAGCAUUCACGUGGUCAUGGCCGCUGUGUCUCUCCAUAUCACCAAAGAAGUGGCACGGGAGUCUGGUAUGUUCGGAUUACUGGGUGAUGCUCCUGUUCAAAUGAUCAAAGUCGGCGACACUGAUCGACUAAGCCGAUUUGAAACAUUGUAUCGACAAAAUACGUCAGGGUGCGAUACAGAAGUUCAGUAUCUGUUUGAUACAUUCGCCUCCGCUCGGUUCCAGCGGGACGUGCAAGAUUGGAAGACGGAAGCCGAAUCGGUUAUUUUGCUGCACUUGUGGAGUUUCGAACGGGAGAUGAAACACGAACUUCUGGGCGAGGAUCCUGGCUCUGCUUGGAUACCUAACCUUACAGAGGAAAUGGAGUUCGGUAUUGAGAUUGACGCGGUUCCUCCGGUACCUGAUGAAGAUCAUCCGUGGGUUAAGCAUGCUAGAAAAUCCAUUCCGGAUCUGCAGCCGCAUAUUACGGUCCGUUGUUGCUUCAAUGGGUGCUUCAACAUCACAUGGCUUCCUGAUGGCCCUCCGACUGGGAGGCCCUAA